GAAAAAGGUCAAAACUGGGUAAGCUGUACAGUAACAUCGUCAUUGAUAAUCUUUCCAGAACUAUAUACUCUGUCCUAGAGAGAGAGAGAGAGAGAAAGCAAAGGAGAGUGUUGGGCAGAAGGGGAAGAUCGUUGGUCUCAAGUCGUCAUCAUCAUCUUCGAGAUCCCGUCAAAGAAAGUCCCCCCGCUCAACCUACCCUUUUCAGUUCUUACCACCCUGACACUCCAUCCUCGCUGUUGCAUUCUACGAUUCUAUGAAUUCCCAUGUCCUAUUCUGGAGUCGGUGAAGUGAAAAAGGAUAUAAUAGUUGAAAAGAUUGAGUCUUGAGAGCUCGAAUUGCUGAUUAUACAGCUUGGCGUGUAAGGUGUUUGAUGUUUUGUUCGUAUGUUGUUUGGUCAUAUGUGCUUGGAGCUAGGAAGAGGCCAGGACUAAAUCCAUGUGGAGAGAUUUUCUUCCAUUGACGGCUAGGUUGCAUUCAGGUUGCGUUUUCUUAACUGCGGAAUUGUAUUGAAGAGAAAAAAAUAAAGGGAAGAAAAUGAGGACCAAGAACAAGCACAGGAAAUCAACCUCUUUACCUUGCAAUGCAGGGAGCAGAUGGUCGUGGCCGAUUGUGGUAUGCAGCUUAGUAGGCUGCUUCAUUUUGCUUCAUCUGUACUCUUUAACCUGGCAAAAGGAUCUGCAAAUUAGAGAGACCCAGAUAUAUGUGAGACACCAUGAACGACUACAGGAGCUUGAGAAGGUUGAGGAAGUUAAUAUUCAACUCCCUCCGCCAAGGAGGCGAUCAGCACGUGCUGCCAAGAGGAAGCCGAAACGGCCAACCACCAUGAUUGAUGAAUUUCUUGAUGAGAAUUCCCAGAUUAGGCACGUUUUCUUUCCUGGUCUGAAAACAGCUGUAGAUCCCAGGAAGGAUUCUAACAAUGAUACAUACCACUAUUACCCGGGGAGAAUAUGGUUGGAUACUGAGGGAAACCCAAUCCAAGCUCAUGGAGGUGGCAUUCUAUAUGAUGACAAGACAAAAACGUAUUAUUGGUAUGGGGAAUAUAAAGAUGGCGACACCUAUCACGCUCACAAAAAGGGUGCAGCACGGGUUGAUGUUAUUGGUGUUGGUUGCUAUUCGUCAAGAGAUUUGUGGACGUGGCAAAAUGAAGGCAUUGUAUUGGCGGCAGAAGAAAAAAACGAGACACAUGAUCUAUACACAUUAAAUGUGCUCGAGAGGCCAAAAGUGAUCUACAAUGAGAGAACAGGUAAAUAUGUAAUGUGGAUGCACAUAGACGACACGAACUAUACUAAAGCUUCUGUAGGUGUUGCCAUCAGCGACUCUCCAACUGGUCCCUUCGACUACCUCUAUAGCAUCCGACCCCAUGGAUUUGAUAGUCGGGACAUGACGAUUUUCAAGGACGAUGAUGGGAAAGCGUAUCUCGUCUACUCCUCUGUAGAUAACAGCGAGCUUCACGUCGGCCCUCUUAAUGAACAAUACCUAGACGUGACUCGUAGUAUGAGAAGGAUUCUUGUGGGGCAGCACCGCGAAGCCCCUGCCUUGUUCAAGAACCAGGGAACAUACUACAUGAUCACCUCCGGCUGCACUGGUUGGGCGCCAAACGAGGCUUUGGCCCAUGCAGCCGAAUCUAUAAUGGGGCCAUGGGAGACCAUCGGAAACCCAUGCAUUGGCGGGAACAAAAUUUUUCAACUCACUACCUUCUUCGCUCAAAGCACGUUCGUGUUUCCCUUGCCCGGAUUGCCACCGGGUUUCUUCAUCUUCAUGGCGGAUCGAUGGAAUCCAGCCGACCUGAGGGAUUCGAGGUACGUAUGGCUACCUUUAACAGUGGCUGGACCUGUGGACCAGCCUCUGGAGUACAAUUUUGGGUUUCCUUUGUGGUCGAGAGUGUCGAUAUAUUGGCAUAAAAGGUGGCGGCUUCCUUAUACAUGGUGGGAACAGCAGUGAAACAAAAAACAGAUAACCUCUUUUCUGAUACAUUCUUUUACCUCAACUUUUGUCACCACAUGUUUCCUUGUUCCUUCAUGUUGUCUUUAUUAUGUUGACAGUUCAGUUAGCUUACAGCACAAUAUAUAUAUAGUUGUAAAUUGUAGAGGUUUGAAGUUGUGGUGGAUAACUAAUAGUUGUGGUGGUUACUUGAUUA